GCAACCAUGCACUGAUUUGGAAAAGAGCCUGAAAAAUGAAUAGGAGAGGCUUGAAUAGAAAGAAUCCAAAUUUCCAUGGACGGGAAGACCAUGGAAAAACGCCACUCAGGAUUGCUGGUCUCUAAACCAAAGCUGCAUGUGUGGCAGUUCACUUUUGUGAAAUGGCUUCAACUACUGUACUCCUUCACUUGGCUGAUUGGCUCCAGCACAGGCACCAACCCCAGCAAUGAUGUGUGCCAGACAAGUAGCGUUCACUUUGGGUUUGGCUUUAGAACUAUGAAUGCUCCUUUUCUACAACUGGUAGCUGGACACCAAACUGUGUAUUCUUGCCAGUCCUCCUGCUGUCAGACCCCGCUCUGUGAUGCAUUUUGGCUCUUGGAGGACACUUGCAUGCUCACUACCUGCAGGACUCUACAAGAAUGCAAUGUGGCCAAAACUAACUCUAAAGACUCCUUUGUUGUGUUCAUAAAGAGGUCAGAAGCCACUCUUUUUAAUUUAAGGCCAGAAAUAGUUGACUAUCAAGAGAUUCAGGACUGGGUGAAGUGGACACCAAAAGUUUUCAACAGAAGGAGACGGAGCAGAGGACCUCGGCAGAGAGUUAAAAGGGAAGGGGCUGAGUUGCAUGAUGGCAAAAAAUAUGGAGAUAAUGAAAGAGUUACAACAGCUGUAACAAUCCACAAAGAAACUUCUGAGGUAGGAAAACCUACCCAGCUACCCAACACACAGUCUUCAAGCAACCCAGUCACAGAAAGACCACCUUUGAUUUUCAGUGAUAAUGUCACUGGUGCAUUACCUGAAGAUCCAGUGGCUACUGGGCAGGAAAUAUCCAACAGUAUUGUCACCAUUGUACCCAAUUUACUAUCCAGCAAUUCAAGUGCACAGCCCACUACGCAGCCUACCAGCACUCCUGCAGCAGUCACAAACAAGUUAGUGGUAUCUGCUGGAGAUGGUGUGGAGGUUACACUACCAAAAAAUGAAGUUCAACUGAAUGCUUUUGUUGUUCCUGAGCCACCAGAAGGGAAAACAUACACAUACGACUGGAGAUUGAUAACCCAUCCAACAGAUUACAGUGGGGAGAUGGAAGGAAAGCACUCCCGAGAAUUAAAGCUGUCAAAGCUCACUGCUGGCCUGUAUGAGUUUAAGGUGAUUGUGAAAGGAGAAAAUGCACAUGGAGAAGGAUUUGUAAAUGUCACUGUUAACCCAAAGCCACGAGUGAACCAGCCUCCUGUUGCCAUUGUGUCUCCCAGUUACCAAGAAAUCUCCCUACCAACUACUUCCACAGUUAUAGAUGGCAGCCAAAGUACAGAUGAUGAAAAAAUUGUUAGCUACUACUGGGAAGAACUGAAGGGUCCACUGCGAGAAGAAAAAGUAACCGCCGAAACACCAGUAUUAAAACUUAGCAACUUGGUGCCUGGGAACUAUACCUUCAGCCUGACUGUCACAGAUUCAGAUGGAGCCAAGAAUUCCACCACUGCAAACCUUACCGUUAGUAAAGCUGUAGAUUACCCUCCUGUGGCCAAUGCUGGAGCCAAUCAAGUCAUCACCCUUCCUAAAAAUUCCAUAGUCCUCUAUGGUAAUCUUAGUACUGACGACCAUGGCAUUGUCAGCUAUGAAUGGUCGCUGAGUCCCAGCAGCAAAGGAAAGGUUGUGGAAAUGCAGGGAGUCAGAACAGCAAAUCUGCAGUUAUCUGCAUUACAGGAGGGAGACUACACUUUCCAGUUGACAGUUGCUGACUCUGCAGGACAGCAGUCAACGAGUGAGGCGACAGUAAUAGUACAGCCAGAGGACAACAAACCCCCAGAGGCAGAUGCAGGACCAGACAAAGAGCUCAUUCUCCCUGUAGACAGCACAAUCCUGGAUGGAAGCAGGAGCACAGAUGAUCAAGGGAUCUCUUCUUACCUGUGGGAGAAAACAAAGGGUCCUGAUGGAGUGAAAAUUGCAAAUGCCAAUGGCAGCAUUGCAACUUUGAGUGGCUUGCAGGUUGGCCCCUAUGAGUUCACAUUGACUGUAAAAGAUCAGAGGGAUUUACAGAGCCAGAGCACCGUUAGCGUCAUUGUAAAGGAGGAGAUCAACAAGCCACCCGUUGCCAAAAUUGCAGGAAAUGUGGUUAUUACUCUCCCAAGUAACACGGCAGAGUUGGAUGGCACAAAGUCUUCUGAUGACAAGGGAAUUGUAAGCUACCAGUGGGAGCGGGAUGAAGGAAGUCCAGCAGCUGGGGAGGUUCUUAAUGGAUCUGAUCGUCACUCAGUUCUGUUCCUCUCUAAUCUGAUUGAAGGGAUCUACUCUUUUCACUUGAAAGUAACCGAUGCCAAAGGAGAAACUGACAGCGACAGGGCAACUGUGGAGGUGAAACCAGACCCCGUGAAAAACAAUCUGGUGGAGAUGAUUCUAGAUAUUAAUGUCAGUCACCUGACCGAGAGGCAAAAAGGGAUGUUCAUGAGGCAGAUUGGAGUCCUGCUCGGUGUGCUUGAUUCAGAUAUUAUUGUUCAAAAGAUCCAGCAGUACACAGAGCAAAGCACUAAGGUGGUCUUCUAUGUGCUGAAUCAGCCCCCACAUCAGACACUGAAGGGAUACCAGGUGGCCUGGAUACUCCGGAAUGAACUACGCAAACAACAAAAUGAUUUCCUCAUCUUUAGAGCUCUGGAAAUUGACACUUUUACCUGCCAGCUGAAUUGUUCCUUCCAUGGCCACUGCAACUCUUUCACCAAGCGUUGUGUCUGUGACCCAUUUUGGAUGGAGAACUUAAUUCGCAGACAAUUUGGCGACAGAGAAAGCAACUGUGACUGGAGUGUACUUUAUGUCAUCAUCACAAGCUUUGUUUUCAUUGUGGCUCUCGGACUGCUAAUCUGGUGCACAAUUUGUUGUUGCAGAAAAAAGAAGGGGAAACCCAAACGCAAGAGCAGAUAUAAGGUACUUGAAGGCACUGAUGACCAAGAACAUAUGGAGUUGAAACCCAACCUCAAACCAGGAGUGAAGCUGAAAGUUUCAACACAGAAUACCAGUCUGAUGCACUCUGAAUCAGAGAUAGACAGUGACGAGAACACAUACACAUGGUCAGAUAGGGAAAAAGGCAAGCUACUGCGACCCCAGAAUGGCUCUUUGCGUAAUGGACAAACACAUCACAAGGUCAAAACCCAGAGAGAAGAAGUUUUAUAGCUGGAAAGAACCAUGUAGGCACAAGCAAAGGAAUACCUAACUAUCCUGGGGUCAUGAGAAGAUACCCACUUACAAUAUCACUUUUUCAACUCUUGAAGCUGCUAACUUGAACUGCUUUUGAAUAUUUUUUUAGUUUAUCAUCACUCCAUAGUUCUGGUAGGAACUAUGUAACUGGACAUACUUGAAAAGGAAUUUCAAAAUGGGAAAACUACUAAUUAUUUUUUUAAGAAACUAAUUUAAUUGUAUUUUUUUCUGCACAUAAUCCUGGGGUUGAAAAUCUCAGGAACGAGCCACUUUUUUUAGGAAAAAUAUGUCCCCUAUGAACUGCACUACCCCCCUAGCUUUGAAGGCUAAAAUGUGAAAGGCGCUGGGCAUCGUCUCCAGCUCUUGGAUUACUUUGGCUCUGUCUACAUGCCUGAGCUCACCUCAGCUUGGCUUCUGUUCUCGAAAGAUGGGGUUAUUUGGCUUCUUGUUUUUAACAAAAAUAAACUAGAAGUUACCAGAAUAAGAUAAGAAACACUGGUAACAAAGAGAUCGCUGGAAUCAGUAAAAGAAUAAAAAUGAAAUGUUUUGUGUUAAUAAAGUUCAACACUGUACUAGA